GCUUUGAGGAGACAAGAGCAAAUCCACAGGAAAGUGGCAAGUCACAAGAAAAGAGGAGGAGAGGCAGGAGGGGGGCCAGUACCGCCGGAUGCUAUCACAUAUCAUCUCAAACAGGAGACACAAACGGAGAGACAGGAGGAGCACACAGCGGAGUAUUGUGUUUGAGACAGCUGUUCACCACAUCACUCUGACUUUCUACCUGCGGGACAAUGACAGAGGAAGCAGAAGUGGGAGUCGACCUCUCUCCAACCUCCGGGUCUGAGCAACAGGCUCCACAUUUUUUACAAGAUGUCAUCUUCCACGGCAAGUUUAAGCUGCUGAAGGCUCUCACCCCAGAGGAGAACACCCAGUGCCAACAUGGACUCUACUUCCAGGACGGUCAGCGGCGUGUGGACUACGUCCUCACUUACCAUGUGAAGAAGCCUGCCGGGGCCCGGUCCGGCCGACAGUCGUCACACCUGCUCACUGAGAAUGCUGUGGCCCGCAGCUUUCGCCGUGGACGCAACGAGCAUUUUCGAAAUCACAAAGCUCAAAAGGCGAAAGACUCAUCAUCUUCUCUGCCGUCCUCCCCGGGGGCCGACGUGGAGCUGGGCCACCAGGGAGAGACUGUCAACGGUCAUGAGGAUCAAAAGAUGUUCAGGAGGGAGGAGUUUGAGGGGAAGCUGAGAGACAUGGGGCUGGAGCUGGAGAAAGAUGAAGACACCAAGAUUGCAGGGGUGGGCUUUGUGAAAAUUCAUGCUCCCUGGAACAUCCUCUGUCGAGAGGCCGAGCUAAUGAAGCUAAAGAUGCCCACCAAGAAGGUAUAUGAAGUAAAGCAGUUGAGUGGCGUGGUGGAGAAGAUCUGCUCCCUGGCUUGUAAACUCGUGGAACCUCUCCACCCUCAUGUAGAGGAACAUCAACCACAGAACAUCAAACACCUCUCACACACGUUCUCCAGAGAGAAACAACACCUGUUUGACCUCUCAGACAAAGAUAACUUCUUUGACAGCAAAACCAGGAGUUCAAUAGUUUUUGAAAUAUUAAAAAGAACAAAAUGCAAGGCCAAGUACAGCAUGGGUAUCACCAGCCUCCUGGGGAGUGGUGUCUACACUGCAGCGUACCCUCUUCAUGAUGGAGAAAUUAAUGAGGACAGCGCAGUACACAAUGACAGAAGGCUUUUGUAUGAAGAGUGGGCAAACUACAGUGUCUUCUUCAAGUACCAGCCCAUCGGACUUGUGCGGAAGUAUUUUGGCGAGAAGAUUGGUCUGUACUUCGCCUGGUUGGGUCUCUAUACCCAGAUGCUGAUUCCUGCCUCUCUGGUAGGAGUCAUUGUGUUUCUCUAUGGAUGUGCAACAGUCGAUGACAACUUACCAAGCAUGGAGAUCUGCCACCCAAAGAACAACAUCACCAUGUGUCCUCUGUGUGACAAAGUGUGCAGCUACUGGAAACUCAGCACGGCCUGUGGGACGGCCCGGGCCAGUCACCUGUUCGACAACCCCGCCACGGUCUUCUUCUCUAUCUUCAUGGCUCUGUGGGCUGCCAUGUUCAUGGAGCAUUGGAAGAGGAGGCAGAUGAGACUGAACUAUGAGUGGGACCUGACGGGGUUUGAAGAUGAGGAGGACCAUCCCAGGGCCGAAUAUGAAUUCAGGGUCAUGCAGAAGACACUGAGCAAAGAUCCAAAAUCUCAUCACAAGAUUGAAAAGCUCACAUGUCAAGACCGCCUCCCAGCCUACAUGACUAACAUCGUCAUGAUGCUGUUAAUGAUUGGUGUUACAUUUGCCAUUGUGUUUGGAGUGAUCCUCUACCGGAUCUCCACUAAAGCUGCUCUAUAUAUGAGCUCCAAUCCUGUCACACGGAGCCAUGCGCAACUGACCGUCAAAACCACUGCUGCCAUCAUCAACCUGGUGGUCAUCCUCAUACUGGACGAGGUGUACGGAGCUGUUGCCCGAUGGCUCACUGUGCUAGAGGUUCCUAAAACAGACAAGAGUUUUGAGGAACGACUUAUCUUCAAGACUUUCAUUCUCAAGUUUGUCAAUGCGUUCACCCCCAUCAUCUACAUUGCUUUCUUCAGGGGCAGACUGGUAGGCAGACCAGGCAGCUACCUCUAUGUGUUUGAGUCCUACAGAAUGGAAGAGUGUGCUCAUGGAGGCUGUCUGAUGGAGCUGUGUAUCCAGCUGAGUAUCACCAUGUUGGGGAAGCAGCUUAUUCAGAACAACCUUUUUGAGAUUGGAGUACCAAAGCUGAAGAAGUUGAUUCGCUACAUUCGGUCAAAGCAAGGAACUUUUCAAGAAGAAGAGAGGAAGAAGAAGCUGCAGAGAUACGAAACUGAUCACUUCCUGGAACCAUUUGCUGGGUUGACACCUGAGUAUAUGGAAAUGAUCAUCCAGUUUGGUUUUGUCACAUUGUUCGUGGCGUCCUUCCCCCUGGCACCGCUUUUUGCUCUGCUCAACAACAUCAUCGAAAUACGACUCGAUGCCAAGAAAUUUGUGGCUGAGUUGCGAAGACCAGUGGCAGCAAGAGCCAAAGAUAUUGGUAUAUGGUACAACUUACUGAGAGGGGUAGCAAAUGUGGCCGUCAUCAUAAAUGCAUUUGUCAUCUCCUUCACAUCAGACUUCAUCCCCCGGAUGGUGUACCAGUACAUGUACAGCCCCGAUGGCUCCAUGCAUGGAUUUGUCAACCAUACGCUGUCCUACUUUAAUGUCAGCCAUUUCCAGGAAGGCAAAGAACCCAUGGAUCCUCUGCACCUCGGCUACCACAUUGAGAUGUGCAGGUAUAAGGACUACAGAGAACCGCCUUGGUCAGUCACACCAUACGAGAUCUCAAAGGAAUUCUGGACAGUGCUGGCGGUGCGUCUGGCAUUUGUCAUUAUUUUCCAGAACGUUGUGAUGCUGAUGAGCGACAUUGUGGACUGGCUGAUUCCAGACAUCCCAAAAGACAUCAGCCUGCAGAUCCACAAAGAGAAGAUUCUACUGGUAGAGCUCUUCAUGAGGGAAGAACACAGCAAGAGCCGUAACCUGGAGAGCAGGUUGUCCGCGGGGGGGAAGGCCAACAGCAGCAACAGCAACAACAACAACUACAGCACCACGGUGCACCCUCGCUCCGGGCCGCACCACAGCACUGAAAGCCUCUGAUGCUGGAGACAUUGAUCCUUAGCUCUUCAUUAGCAGAGCAUGGCUAGGAGGAAUUGCUAAUAGCCUGCUAGCUCAGGCCGACCUAACUGUGUGUUUUGUCCUUGUUCGGUACAUUCCAACAACUGGGAGAGCAGUUGGGUGAUGAGAUUUGAAAGUGAUAGGGGCUGGGGGUUAAUAUUUGGCUCUCAAUUUGUUUGUGCAUUUAGAUUUGUAAAAGAAAAUCAGAUUUUUAAAAUUAUCCAUACACUUAAACACAGUUUGGAGAAUAUGUUUGAGAAUAAUGUGUGCUCAGAUUUGCAAAGUAUACACACAUCUAUGAAUAUGCAUAAACUUCAACAACAAAAUGCAAAUGGCUUUUUUGAAAUGAAGUCCAAUUAUUAUUAUUAGGUAUUUACCAAGAGUAAAGCCCAGCUACUAGUUUGCAAUAGUGCCAAUAAAAGAAAUGCAGACUGAUGUUGUCUAUCGCUGAACUUGGGAUUGUAUUAAAAAAAGAAGACAUUUGACAUGUGUAUUCAUCUGAGCAAGAGGAAACUGUUAAAUAUGGAAAGGUAAAGCUGAUUGAAAAUAUAACAGGUCUGAAGCAUUAGUGCUACUCAUACUCAUCGUGUGUCUGAUGAAGGUACUGCAGAUUUUCACCUGCUUAUCCCAGAUGUUAAAUAUGCCUAAAUGACUCAAAAUCAGCAUGUCACAUGUUAAAGACAGGCAAAGUGUACUUUAGACAUCAGUUAUUUCACUCUUUGAAAUUAAAAUGUCAAUGUUCCACAUAUCAAUAAAAGGUUAGAGGUUGUAGAAACAUUCACACCUUUGAGCACACAUACAGAAAGGUUUCAUAACUCUACAUACACUCAUUAGUUUAUUAUUUUGCUCCUCAUUAGGCUCCACACAUACCCACUGCAAAUGUUAUAAAAACAUGUUGGCGGUGUCACAGCAGGGAUACAGAAAUAUGAUUGAAACAUGGCUCAUUAUUGCGUUUUAAUUUCUAGUUUUGUAAUACAUUGCAUUACCAUGGUGUAAAUGCCUGCUUUGUAUAAGUUUUCUAUUCUUAAUGUGUUUUAUGUUUUGCCUUCCAAUGUAGCAUUGCAAUUUUUUAGCUUACAUUGAAGAAUAAAAUACUUCAGAAAUCUUUAUAACUAUUUUGAUUGCUUUAAUGUUGCUUGGACAUCAUCUUGGACUGUGAGUGAAGCGAUGGUGAUGUCUUCGGUAAUAAAAUGUGGAGAAGAGGAACGAAAUGUGAGUUUCCAUGUAAAGUCUGAAUAAAUAUUGUAUUUCUAUAAUAUUUUUAUAGAGUAAA